AUGCCAGGAAGCAUUGCCGACGAGAAUUUUGGCGGCAAGCAGGAAGCUGCCAGCCAGCCAAAUGCACACCUCGAAGCCUACUCGCAGUUCACUGUGGGCCAGAAGCGAUCUAUUGUGGCCAUGGGCUCUUUGGCCAGCUUUUUCUCGCCCUUGUCGUCGAGUAUCUACCUGCCCGCACUGACCACUAUCGCGCAUGCGUUACACAUCUCCACAUCCCAAGUUAACUUGACGGUUACUACAUACCUGAUUAUGCAGGGUGUGGCACCCAUGUUCAUCGCCGGUUUUUCUGAUACUGCUGGCCGUCGUCCUGCCUACAUCAUCUGCUUCACUGUCUAUCUCGCUGCCAACCUUGGUCUAGCUCUCCAGAAUAGCUAUGCCGCUCUUCUUGUUCUUCGGUGCCUGCAGAGUGCUGGCAGCAGUGGAACUGUCGCGAUGGCAAACGGUUUGGUGGGAGACAUGAUCACAUCCUCUGAGCGCGGCUCAUACAUCGCCUUUGCUUCAAUUGGAAGUAUGCUGGGACCAUCGCUAUCACCAAUCAUCGGUGGUCUGCUCAGUCAGUACACAAACUGGCAUUGGAUCUUCUGGUUCCUCCUCAUCUUCGGUGGAGUCUUUUUCCUCAUACUUGGUCUCUUUCUACCUGAGACCUGCCGGAAGGUCGUUGGCGAUGGCUCCAUCCCACCGCCUGCGUUGAACAACUCUAUCUUGGAUGUGAUUCGGCAUCGCAAACGCAAGGAGAAGGGACUCACACUUGACCCACUCAAGGAAGCCGAGGUGCGGAAGAACUACUCUCUUCGAUUCCCGUCUCCCAUUCCGACUAUGAAGGUCGUCUUGGAUAUCGAAACGUCGGUGAUCCUAAUCACAACAGGGCUAUUGUUCGCCGGAUUCUACGCCGUCAUGACUGGAGCUUCAACCUCCUUCCACAGGAUCUACCAUUUCAACGACAUCCAAGCUGCACUGAUGUAUCUCCCCAUCGGCGGAGGAGGUGUCGUGUCAGCACUUACAACUGGAAAGAUAGUCGACUGGAACUACCGACGACACGCAAAGAAAGCAGGUCUUCCCAUUGUGAAGAAUGUUCGCACAGAUAUCAGCAACUUCAACAUUGAAAGAGCAAGGUUGGAAGUUGCACUGCCGCUGUACUACAUUAGUAACCUGGCAAUGCUCGCAUACGGCUGGAUGUUGGGUCACAAGGUCAACCUGGCAGCCCCCGUCAUUCUCCUUUUCAUUGCAGGAUGGGCACUCAUCGGAACGAACCAAGUGUUGAAUGCACUGAUGGUUGAUCUGUGGCCUGGAAAAUCUGCAACUGCAACUGCGGCCAACAAUCUUUUCCGCUGUGAGCUCGGUGCAGCAGCUUCGGCUGCGGUUAGCCCUAUGGUUUCUGCGAUGGGGAAUGGUUGGGCGUAUACCACUCUGGCCCUUGUUUCCAUUGCUGUUUCUCCUUGCUUGUGGCUCACUGCGCAUUAUGGGAUUAAGUGCCGACGGAAGAGAAAUCGGAAGGAGGAAGAGAAGCUGUCUCGUGACCAGGGCUAG